AUGACUGGCCCACCUUUCACCCUGCCCAGCAAGUAUGAGGAGGUGCACAAGAUAGAGAACCAAGCCGGCCCAGGAGACAAUCGGCCAACCGGUGUGGAGAUUCUCAAAGAUGGUAAUCGAUUCGAUGGCUCUCUCAACAACAAGGUGGCAAUUGUCACCGGCUGUUCCUCGGGCAUUGGCGUCCCGACGGUGGAAGCUCUGGCGGCGGCGGGAUGCAUUGUUUACGGCGGCGUCCGAGGAGCUAGCCUUGGACGCGCACAAGAGGCCCUCUCAUCAGUUCUCAACGACCCCAAGACCAAGGACAAGGUCCACCUACUCGACCUAGACCUGACAAGCCUCGCGAGCGUCAAGGGCUUUGCCGACGAGAUCAAGAAGAGGGAGUCGAAAGUCAGUCUCCUCAUCAACAAUGCCGGGAUCAUGGCCGUCCCCACGCGCGAGCUCACCAAAGACGGGUUCGAGUCGCAGUUCGGAACCAACCAUCUUGCCCACUUCUAUCUCUUCCAGAACCUCAAGGGUCUCUUGAUCGCAGGAAGCAAGGCCUCCCCGGACUUUGCAUCCCGCGUGGUCAACGUCAGCAGCGCUGCCCACCGCUACAACACGGUGAUCCUGGACGACAUCAACCUCGCGAAGCCGGGGAACUACGACCCCCAAAAAGCCUACGGUAACUCCAAGACCGCGAACAUCUGGAUGGCAAAUCACAUCGAGCGGCUCUACUCGUCUCAGGGCAUCCACGCGUACUCGCUGAUGCCGGGUGGCAUCGCGACGCCGCUGCAGAAGCACGUGCCAGAAAUGAUGGAGGCGAUUAAAGGGGUAGCAAGGAUCGAGAACUUCAUGAAGAGCACGGGGCAGGGGUGCGCGACGACAAUCUGGGCGGCCACAGACCGCGACCUCGAGGGCAGAGGUGGGGUAUACUGUGAGGACUGUUGUAUCAUUGGCCCGGUGCCGAGCCAGAGUGACGGGGCUGAUGUUGUUGCCCCUGGGUACUCUGAGUGGGCUUAUGACCCCGAGGGGGAGGAAAAGCUGUGGAAGAUGAGCAACGAGCUGGUUGGACUCGAGGCGAAUGCUUAA